UCUGAAAUGGGAAAAAAAUGCUCGAGCUUUACAAGGCAAUAAGCACAACAGUGGUGCUACAAGCUUUGCUAAUCGAAGAGUUGAUAUGAAAGAGAAGAAAGGAGUGUUUAGCGAAUUGGCAUUUUUCAAAUCAGUUUACGCCAAAGAAGAUGGAAGCUUUAAAGAUGGCACACUUCCUCAUCAAUUUGUGGAGGAUGCCAACAAAAAGGUCCAAGAAAAUCUUGCGAGUUCCUCUUCUUCAAAGCCCGUAAUUGAAAUUGAGAAUGCAGUCUUUAAUGAGCUCAUGUAUAAAGGUGAAGUACCUAAACGUCCUCUGAAUUAUGGAUUUGGAGUGAAGCAAAGCGACAUCUUUGGAGUGGAAGGUUUGCUGAGGAAAGAAGGGUCAAGCUAUGUUAACAACAAUGCUAUGGAAGUGGAGAACAUGAAAGGUGAAAUAUCAGUUGUCAAGAAGCAAAAUGAGGACCUUGCGCAACAAAAUCAAGUUCUAAACACCAAGUUUGAAGAAACAACACAAUCAUUUAAAAUGAUUGCUUCUUUUUUGGGACAAGUUUUGAAGGAAGUACGCAAAGGGAAUGUUUCAUCGAACCUUUUAGAUGGUGCGGAAUCAGCAAUAAAUAUGAUUACUGAUGAUUCUGGUGGCAAUGGUGACAACCAGGCCGAGAAAUGAGACUUUGACACUAUUGCCAAAUGCAAGAUUAUUGAUGAUUCAAGUGGUAAUAGUAAAUGUAGAUCAAGAGAUAAACAAGUUAUCUUGAAGCUAAGCUAGCAUAACGAUAUGUUUACUUGUUCGUAGUCAGGAAGUUGUUUUUAUUUAGUUUUGGACUAUCUUGUAGAAAAAAU